GGUGGUGGAGGCGGUGGAGGCGGAGGUGCUUUGGGCGGGCCGGGGUUGCGGCGCUGUCCUCGAGUCUGGGCUCACCAGGCCCACAGCCUGGUAGCAAUGAAUCCCCUGCCUCCAGACCCGCUGGGCGACUGUCUGCGGGACUGGGAGGAACUGCAGCAGGACUUCCAAGGCAUCCAGGAGACCCACCGACUGUACCGCCUGAAGCUGGAAGAGCUGAUCAAGCUGCAGAACAACUGUACCAGCUCCAUCACCCGGCAGAAGAAGCGGCUCCAGGAGCUGGCCCUUGUCCUGAAGAAAUGCAAACACUCCCUUCCGUCCGAGGCUGAGGAGGCUGCGCAGGAGCUGGAAAGCCAAAUCAAGGAGCGACAAGGCCUUUUCUUUGAUAUGGAGGCCUACUUACCCAAGAAGAAUGGGUUGUACCUGAGCCUGGUUCUGGGCAACGUCAACGUGACGCUCCUGAGCAAGCAGGCUAAGUUCGCCUACAAGGCCGAGUACGAGAAGUUCAAGCUCUACCUCACCAUCAUCCUCAUCCUCGUCUCCUUCACCUGCCGCUUCCUCCUCAACUCCAGGGUGACCGACGCCGCCUUCAACUUCCUGCUGGUCUGGUAUUACUGCACCCUGACCAUCCGGGAGAGCAUCCUCAUCAACAACGGCUCCCGGAUCAAAGGCUGGUGGGUGUUCCACCAUUACGUGUCCACGUUCCUGUCGGGAGUCAUGCUGACGUGGCCCGACGGCCUCAUGUACCAGAAGUUCCGGAACCAGUUCCUGUCCUUCUCCAUGUACCAGAGCUUUGUGCAGUUCCUCCAAUAUUACUACCAGAGCGGCUGUCUGUACCGCCUGCGGGCCCUGGGCGAGAGGCACACCAUGGACCUGACCGUGGAGGGCUUCCAGUCCUGGAUGUGGCGGGGCCUCACCUUCCUGCUGCCCUUCCUCUUCUUUGGACAGUUCUGGCAGCUUUUUAACGCACUGACGUUGUUCAGCCUGGCCCGGGACCCUGAGUGCAAGGAGUGGCAGGUGCUCAUGUGCGGCCUCCCCUUCCUCCUCCUCUUCCUCGGCAAUUUUUUCACCACCCUGCGGGUUGUACACCAGAAAUUCCACAACCAGCAGCACGGGGGCAAGAAAGAUUGAGGCUGGGUGGGCCCAGCUCCCCACAACACCCCUGACCCAGAGGGGGCUUCUGUAUCUCGUGUUGAGGGGUGGAGGCUCCCCUCAUCCGGGGAGGUCUCGUCUGCUCUCCCUUGGGUUUUGUGGGCUCUGUCGGCCCUGAAGGCGGCGCUGGAGAGAGGAAGACCUGGGCCUGUGUCCCCGCCCUGCAGGGAGGUGGGACAGCAGCCUCAAUAAAGGACCGGAGGCUCA